GCCGGGGCGGCCCUGCAGGUCGAGGCCGAGGAUGACGCCGGCGCAGUGGGACCUGCCGGUGGAGCUGUGCUGCCGGCCCAUGGCCUUCGUCACCCUCACGGGCCUGGACGUGGUGUACAACGCCGUGCACCGCGCCGUGUGGGACGCCUUCUGCGCCAACCGCCGCGCCGACCGCGUGCCCAUCUCCUUCAAGGUGCUCCCCGGCGACCACGAGUACCCCAAGUGCCGCACCAAGAGGACGUCCUACGAGUGGUACAUUCCGAAAGGGAUCCUGAAGACCGGUUGGAUGAACAAACACCUGAAUCUGGUUCCAGCGCUUGUGGUGGUGUUCUACGAACUAGACUGGGAAGAGCCGCAGUGGAAGGAAAAACAGUCCGAGUGUGCCACUCGAGUUGAAAUUGUCAGGCAAAGUUUGCAGGGACGAAAUACGAAAGUUGCUGUGGUUUUGAUUCAGAAAAAAACGCCGUUACCUCCAGGGGAAGAUGUUAUUGCAUCAGAGAGGGCAGCAGCUUUAUGUAAUGCUUGUGACCUUUCUGGAAAAUCCCUGUUUGUACUUCCGCACACUGAUCAUCUUGUUGGUUAUAUUAUAAGAUUGGAGAAUGCUUUCUAUGAGCAUGCACAGAACUACUAUUAUACAGAAAUAAGAAGAGUUAAAUGUCAUAAGGAGUUCUUGAACAAAACCACUCAUCAGCUUUUAUUUGUUAGACACCAGUUCAAAAUAGCAUUCUUCAGUGAGCUGAAACAAGAUACGCAGAACGCUCUAAAAAAUUACAGAACUGCAUAUAAUCUUGUGCAUGAAUUGAGGGCUCAUGAAACAAACAUGCUGGAAAUCAAGACCAUGGCUGGAUUUAUAAACUACAAGAUCUGUCGCCUCUGUUUUCAGCAUAAUACUCCACUGGAUGCAAUUGCUCAGUUCAGAAAACAUAUUGACUUGUGCAAGAAAAAAAUAGGAAGUGCGGAACUGGCUUUUGAACAUGCUGCUUGGAUGUCGAAACAGUUUCAGGCUUUUGGUGACCUGUUUGAUGAAGCGAUUAAGCUGGGGUUGACAGCAAUUCAAACUCAGAAUCCAGGUUUUUAUUACCAGCAGGCAGCCUACUAUGCGCAGGAACGGAAAGAACUAGCAAAUAUGCUUUGUAACCACGAUUCCUCUGUGAUGUACCCAAAUCCGGAUCCGCUGGAAACACAGACGGGAAUGCUUGACUUCUAUGGGCAAAGGCCUUGGCGGCAGGGAAUAUUAAGCUUUGAUCUUUCUGAUCCUGAAAAAGAGAAGCUGGGGAUUUUAGCCCUGCAGCUGAAAGAGAAAAAUGUUCUUCACUCAGAGUUAAUAAUCACUUUGUUGAGUAAUGCUGUUGCACAAUUCAAGAAAUACAAAUGUCCAAGAAUGAAGAGUCAUUUGAUGGUUCAGAUGGGUGAAGAAUAUUACUAUGCCAAGGAUUACACUAAAGCUUUGAAGCUGUUGGAUUAUGUUAUGUGUGAAUAUCGCAGUGAAGGAUGGUGGACUCUUCUUACUUCCAUAUUGACCACAGCUCUCAAAUGUUCCUAUCUAAUGGCUCAGCUAAAAGAUUACGUAACAUAUUCUUUAGAGCUACUAGGCAGAGCAUCCACCCUUAAAGAAGACCAGAAAUCUCGAAUAGAAAAAAAUCUGAUAAAAGUUCUAAUGAAUGAGAGCCCUGAUCCUGAACCUGAUUGUGAUGCUAGUGCUGUGAAGGCAUCACAGAAAUUGUGGGCUGACCGUGUUUCCUUGGCAGGCAGUAAUGUUUUUACAAUAGAAGUCCAAGAUUUUAUACCAUUUGUGCAGUGCAAGGCUAAGUUUUUUGCUCCAAGUUUUCACAUUGAUGUUCCUGUGCAGUUUGAUGUAUACUUGAAAGCUGACUGUCCUCAUCCUAUCAGGUUUUCUAAGCUCUGCGUCAGUUUUAAUAACCAGGAUUACAAUCAGUACUGUGUGGUAGAAGAAGCCUAUCAAAAAAGUGAUAUCCUAGAACAGUCAUCUCAAGGAACAAUGUGCUUGGUCCCUGGCAAAACAAGAAAGUUCACUUUCAAAUUUGUUGCAAAAACUGAAGACGUAGGAAAGAAGAUUGAGAUCACCUCUGUGGAUUUGAUCCUGGGAAGUGACUCUGGUAGAUGUGUGAUUCUGAAUUGGCGAGGAGGAGGCGGAGAUGCUGCUUCAUCUCAAGAAGCAUUGCAAGCAGCCCGUUCCUUCAGGCGAAGACCUAAGCUUCCAGAUAAUGAAGUUCACUGGGACAGUCUGACGAUUCAGGCAAGCACUAUGAUUAUUUCUAGAGUGCCAAACAUUUCUGUUCAGCUCCGUCAUGAGCCUCCAGCCCUGACUAACGAAAUGUAUUGUUUGAUUGUGACAAUCCAGUCACAUGAGGAGACAGUUGCCAAAGAUGUUAAGCUCACUGCGGGUUUAAAGCCAGGACAAGAUGCCAACCUGACUCAGAAAACUCAGGUGACUCUUCAUGGAACAGAAACAUGUGAUGACUCCUGUCCUGCAUUGCUUCCUGAUAUCCCUAUAGGAGACUUGCAGCCAGGGGAAAAGCUGGAAAAAGCAAUAUACAUUCGUUGUGGAACGGUUGGUGCAAGGAUGUUCCUGGUUUAUGUUUCCUACUUGAUCACUACUGCUGUUGAAGGGAAAGAAAUCCUCUGCAAGUGCCACCGGGAUGAAACCGUAACUAUAGAAACAGUAUUUCCAUUUGACGUUGCUGUCAAAUUUGUCUCCACAAAGUUGGAACAUUUGGAUAGAGUCUUUGCAGAUAUACCCUUCUUAUUGAUGACAGACAUCCUCAGUGCCUCUCCUUGGCCUCUCACUAUUGUGACCAGCCAGCUACAGCUUUCAGCUGCCAUGACCCCAGUAGAUCAGCUGGAGUCUUUUGUGGAAAAUGUUGUUUUACAGACAGGUGAGAGUGCCAGUGAAUGCUUUUGUCUUCGGUGCCCUGCAGUUACUAGUGCUGGUGGAGUGGCAACUGGAUGUUAUAUCCUUUCCUGGAAGAGAAGUUCACCUGUGGAAAGUGUACCUGUUGUUAGUACAGUGAUCACUCUACCACAUGUGAUUGUAGAGAGCAUUCCCCUCCAUGUUAAUGCAGAUCUUCCUUCAUUUGGUCGAGUCCGAGAAUCCCUCCCUGUCAGAUAUCACCUGCAAAAUAAGACUAAUUUAGUCCAGGAUGUGGAGGUGUCAGUGGAACCCAGUGAUGCCUUCAUGUUCUCUGGCCUUAAGCAGAUCAGAUUGCGAAUUCUUCCUGGCACACAGCAGGAAAUGUUAUACAACUUCUAUCCUCUGAUGGCUGGAUAUCAGCAGUUACCAUCUCUUCAUAUUAACUUGAUGCGAUUCCCAAACUUCACUGACCAGUUGCUCAGACGAUUCAUACCUACACACAUUUUUGUGAAGCCUCAGGGUCGACAAGCAGAUGAUAACUCAAUUGCAGCUGCAUAACUCGGAGACUGGUACCUCUCCACUUAAAGAAAAUGGGAUGUUGCACAGAAUGUAUAAAACUUGCUUUGGAAACAUGGCUUUGAUUAAAACCAUAAGAAUUAAAUUUUAUUUUUUAAAUUACAACUCUCAACAGAACUAAUGUUUUAAAACAUCUAGUAUUUGAUACUGCAAUGAAUAAACAUGGGGAAAAUUUGGUGCUUUAUUUAACAUGGACAUUCUUUCUUUUGAAGUUAACUUUGUGAACGUCAAACUCUUAGUAUUAUUUUAUAGGCAUAUUAAAUGUCUGGAGUAUUUAAGCAAAAAAAAAAAGCCAAUUUGACUAAAACCAAAAGACAUUUUCAUAAUUAACAGUAGGUUGAAGUGCAAAGUUUGUAUUUACUGGAAUUUACAGUACUGAAAAUGCUCAUCCUUUGCAGAAGUGUGUUCUGUGCCACCUGUGUUGAGGGCAGAACAGAGUGUGCAGUAACAUAUAGUUACAAAUGACUAAUAUGUACUGUUGGUAUCAAGUGGCUUACUCUUUAAAACCAUAAAUCUAAAAGGAUGUAUUUUUGUUGUGUAAGCCAUACAUCAGAAAUUGAGUUCAGCAACAACUGUUCUAAUGAAUGAAGAGACUGAUAACAGCUGGACCAUCCAAAUUCAGCUUGGUAUAGUUUGGAUUAUUUUUACACACAGUUUCUAGACUGAAGAUAUCAUGAUAGUCUGCUGUGUCAAUUUAAAAAUAUAGAUGUCCUGCUGUUGUACAGCUCCAGAUGAACUGGUGUUUAAAAUAUGGUAAAUCAUGUAUAUAUAAAAAAAAAUGCAUUGGGAAAACUUCAGUUGUUUAACUUUUUAAAUAAUUACAUUUUGAUUGCUUGGAAAAUACCUUAUUUAUUGUCAAAGUGAAGUUCUAAUAAACAGCUUGUAACAGAGUAAUUCUGAAA